GGUGUCUCCUUCGGCUGCAAAGACAAUGAUCAGUGUACAACGUAUGUCUACUGGUACCAGAAGAAGGAGGGAGAACCUUUCAAAUUUAGUCUUGAGCUGCGAAAGAAUCAAGCUGUGAAUUAAUGAAAAAGAAAGUGUUUUGCACCACAGGAAGCGACAUUGUCAGAGGAACUGUUUGAGACGACACACUCCAGCUGGUUUUUCACCUCUCAUCUUCAUAAUCAACUAUAUGAUCCAAACCAUACUUCAGUAAAGAUCUGUUAAAUCAGUCUCAUGUUCAGUGUUAUUUAUAACGUGUAGCUUUUCAAUUCCCCAAAUCUUAAUAUUCCCUGAACAUGGACUGUGGUAUAAUAAUAUUCUCUAUUUUUCUGGUGGCUGCUUCAGGACAGCGGCUGCAACAGGACCAGAUAUCAAAGACUAUGAGAGAGAAACAGAGUGUCUCCUUCAGCUGCAAAGUUACUGGUCGGUGUGGGAGUAACCGGGUCCACUGGUACCAGAAGAGAGAGGGUGAACCCUUUACUUGGAUUCUAUACUUUGAUUUUGAUGACAAUUCUGUCACCUCAUAUAGAACUCAUCCUCAGAGAGCAGAUUUCACUGUUGGGAGGGAGUCUGACACCAUUGAGCUGAAGAUCCAGUCAGUUAAAGUGUCCCAUUCUGCCACCUACUAUUGUGCCUGCUGGGUCUCGGGAACCCACAGUGAGAACUGUGAUCUCCACCUUGUCCGUCAUGCCUGGACGGCCUCUGAGAAGGACAAGGUGGCCUUUGUAAUCUCGGUGCUGACAGGCCGGGAUCUGGAAUGGGCGCACACCAUCUGGGAGAGGGACGGGCAAGAAGUGCAGUCCUAUGACAGCUUCACACAACUCUGCCGUGCCAUCUUCGACCAACCUACAGAGGGCCGAGUUGGAGGCCUUGUUGUCCGCAGCGGACUACAGGCGGAUGUUCAGACCGAGCUGGCCUGUCGCAAAGAGGACCAGCUCAUUGCCAUGGCCAUACGCUUGAAUAAUCUCCUGCUUGCCUGUCGUCACCCAUCUCGGGGGUUCGGGUCUGUCCGAGGAACCUCCAGCGAGACUGAGCCCAUGAAGGUGGCACGACCCACCUUCCCCCUGAGGAACGUCAAUGCCGCCAUCAACAGGGUCUCUGCUCCGACUGCGGGGAGUCGGACCACCCCUGGAACACCUAUCCCAGAAGGAGAACCAGGCGAACUACUUUUUGACAAGGGAAUAUUCACUGUGUAUGGAUUUGUAUUUGGCUCUGGUACGAGACUUUAUGUGACAGACAAUCACGUACGUAAACCCAAAGUGACGGUCUACCCAGCGUCCAACCCUGAGUCGAAUGGGAAGAUCACCCUGCUAUGUCUGGCUAGAGACAUGUUUCCAGACUUGGUCAAGAUCUCAUGGGAGAGGGAGGAUGAAUGCGGUCAAAUAGUGGAGGUGUCCAAAGCAGAGACGGAACAGCUGGAGCAGAGGGAGGAAGGGCGGACGACCAGUAUGAUCAUCAUUGAUAAAGAGAAUGCGUACAGGAACAAAUACAUCUGUUCUGUGGAGCAUGAAUGGGGCGCUCAAGAUAUUGACAUGCUAAAAGAUCGCUUCUUCUUCACGUGCAGUCUGAACCUGGCCUCUCUGGUUUACACAGUGCUGAUAGUGAAGAGCAUGGUGUACUGCUGUGGGCUCUCUCUCCUGCUGCACCACAGGAACAUGGGGAAGUAGACACAACACCUGUAGAAAGGAUACCACCCAGUAUGGAUAAAGAUGUUGUAGGCUGGGAAUAACAUGGAUUUGACAUCCUAUUGAGGUCACUUGAAUAAAGGUUAAGUUAAGGUUGUGUGAAAAAUAAAAUCUUGAAGGUAGACCCUUACGAUUUUAAUGUAGACUAUUUUAUGAAAGUUGCCCUUGGGUAUCUGUCAUAGCUUAAAUAACUUUUUACAAAAUCUGUAUUUGAUUUCUAAAAAAAUAUUAACCUAAGUAUUAUAUUUACCUAUACAUUAUUAAAUAUGUAGGGCCAUGAUAUCUAAAAGUCCUAUGUAACAUUAUCCAAUAUAAUAUUUAGUAACUUGUCGUGUGUAAUGAAGUGUUUUUCGCCCCAAUAUAUUUGUUUGUUUUCUAACAUAUUUCAUAUCAUAAUUCAAUUAUUUUGUUCAUGAACAUGAGUAAUAGAUUAAUACAUAUUUUAUAUUUUCUUUGAAGAACAAAAAUAAGUGCUUAUUGAGCAGACAAAGUGGUCUAUGAGUGAAUUUAUUAAUAGUUUUUUUUACAUUGAUGUUGUUUACAUUGAUAGGUUUGUAUGAAGAGUAACAUUUUCCUACGUAACACAUUAAUCAUGUCCUUUCAGAUGGGGAAGGGUUUAAUAAUCACUGCAUGAAAGAAAUGUUACAACAAACAUGGCUCUGCAAAGUAUUCUACAUACUGUAUCGGGCUGUUUUGUAUGAUGAAAUUGUCACCAUAACAGAAAAAAUAAAGGUUACUUAAACCCC